AGGCCAAGAACAGAAGCAGAAGAAAACGCGGAAAACCGAAAAAGAAAACAACAAUUUCGGAAAGCUGGACAACUUUUUGCCACGCAUGAGAGCAGCACCAGAUCCUGAAGAUCCAAAAUGGGACCUAGAACAAGCGUAUCCUUUGCCGGCUGCGGCUUCCUGGGCAUUUACCAUGUAGGCGUGGCAGUCUGCCUGCGCCAGCACGCCCCCCAGCUGCUGUUGGAAAGGAUCGGUGGAGCAUCGGCCGGAGCUCUUACCGCCUGCUGCUUGCUGUGCGAGCUGCCGCUGGAGACGAUGGCCGGCGACUUUCUGCGCAUCGUCCAGGAGACACGCCGCCACUCCUUGGGCGCCUUCAGUCCGUGGUUCAAUCUGCCGGACUGCCUGCUGGAGGGGAUGCAGCGUCGGCUGCCGGAUGAUGCCCACGAGCGGGUCAGCGGACGGCUGCACAUCUCCCUCACCCGGGUCAGCGACCGCCGGAACGUGGUCAUGUCGGAGUUUUCCAGCCGCUACGAGCUGCUCCAGGCUCUCCUCUGCUCCUGCUUCAUACCCGGCCUCUCGGGACUGCUGCCUCCCAAGGUGCGAGGAGUACGCUACAUGGACGGCGCAUUCUCCGACAACCUGCCACUGCUGGACGAGCACACGGUCACAGUAAGUCCCUUCUGCGGGGAGAGCGACAUCUGCCCCCGAGACCGGAGUCCACACAUCCUCCAGAUCAACCUGAACUGGGCAAACACCUGUAUCCGGCUGUCCAGACGUAACCUGAGGCGUAUGGUGCGCAUUGUCCUUCCCGGUCGCACGGACUUUAUGGCGUCCUUCUGCCAGCAGGGCUACGACGAUGCCUUGUACUUUCUGCGCAAGAAUAAUCUUCUCAAAGACGACACUGGCUCUCAAGUGACGCAGGAGAGGGAGCUCAUGAACUGGAUGCGCCAGCAGGACGAGCCAGAGGAUGCGCUGCAGGAUAAUCAGGAGGUAUUGGAAGAUAAGAGGACUCUUGAAUACCCAGAAGAGCAGGAGCAAAAGGAUCUAAAGGAUGGAAAAUGUGUAGAAAAGGAGGAGUCACUUCAGAAGAACGGAGACAAGCAGAAAUACUCGGAGCUGGAACUGGAAAAGGAGAACCUGCACCAAGCGCUGGAGCCGGCGAGGCAGGACCGUCGCCUGGACGACGGCUACUCCCUCUCCCUGCUGACCAGACCUUGGUAUCUUCUUCGCCAGCUCGUGAUUGCCCCGCCACGGCUGGGCCGGAUCGUGCGAAGCCUUAGCCACCGCCUGACCCUCUACGAUCAGCCGCACUUUGAUCUCGCCAUGAUGCAGGCCCCCACCAGCCACGCCCCCGCCCUGCCGAGGCGGCCCCCCUUGACCGAUAGCGAUAGCUCCUCCGGCGAUAAGGGCCGAGUCAAGGCCAGCCGCUGGAAAUCGGGAAGUGGGGAACUGGACUAACCGUCAGUUAGCAUUAUGUAUGUUUGUUUAUCGGAAUCUCGUUAGCGCCUAGGCCUUAAUGUUUAGAGACUAUAUUUUAUUUUAGAACUGUUUAAUUAAGUAAUAUUCGUCGUGCGUCGUUCUACAAUAAGUUAGGGUAGGUAGACAUUGUAAACUUCAAUUGCUGUGACACUAAUAAAAAUUACUGUGAGAGAUA